AUCUAUUUAUAUCAGGCAGUGGUGGUGCAUGCCUUUAAUUCUAAUACUUGGGAGGCAGAAGCAGGCAGAUCUCUGUGAGUUCAAGGCCAGCUUGGUCUACAGAACAAGUUCCAGAGCAGCUGGGGCUACACAGAGUAACCCUGUCUCUAAAAACUGAAACAAAAAUGUAUAGAUUUAAUGCAUAUGUGGAUGUCAGGAACAGUGGUUAGGAGCCCGUUUCUUUCCCUUCCAGCACAUGGGUUCCAGGGUUUGGCAGCAAUUGUCUUUACUUGCUGGACCAUCAUCUAUCUCCCCAUGUCUUUUGUUUUGAGCCUCCCAAGUUCUGGAACUGAAGGUAUGCAGCCAAUUUACAGGGUUUUAAACCCAAGGUUUUAUGUUAGGCAAGCAUUCUCCAAGUAAGCCACAUUUCCAGCUUGCCACUUACUUAUCUAUCUAUCUAUCUAUCUAUCUAUCUAUCUGGUUUGAGACAGGGUCUCAACCUUUUAACCCUGGCUGAUGGGCGCUUCCUAUGUAGACCAAGUGUCUUAGUUUGGGUCUCUGUUGCUAUGGCAAAGCACCACAACCAAAAGCAGCUUGGGAGAAAAGGGUUCAUUGGGCUUAGCUUGCUUCCACAUUACUGUUCAUCACUGAAGGACAUCAGGACAGGAACUCAAACGGGGCAGGAACCUAGAGGCAGAGGCCAUGGGCAGGAGCUGCUAACUGGCUUGUUUCCCAUGGCUUGCUCAGCCUGUUUUCUUACAGAACCCAGGACCGCCAGUCCAUGGAAUUCCAGCUUGUGUCAAGUUGAUAUUAAGUCUAACCAGUCCACCAAAGAUCUUCACCGUUUUAUAUGGUGCUGGGGAUCAACCCAGGACUUCUACAAGGGUAGGCAAAUUCUCUACCAACUGAGUUACUCCCGUAACCAUCCUUUGUUCAUUUUAGACAGCAGGCUCAUCAUGUAGCCAAAAAUGAGUUUUAAAUUGAGUCUCUUGCCUCUGCCUCCCCAGGCCUGGGCAAGCUCUUCUGCCAAUUGAGCUAUAGGCCUAGCCACCAUAAAUGGCUCAUAUUUUAGACUUUUACUGUUUGGGGAUAGGGUAGGGAGCUAGGCUCUUCUGGCAGCCAGAGGUCAACUCUGGAAAGUGGUCUCACUCCUUCAUUGUUAGGUGGGUUCUGUGUAUUGAACUCAGGUCUUUAGGGCUGGGUUUCAGGAGCCUUUCACCAGUUGAAUCUUUCACAGGCUCCACAUAAAUAACCCCUUAAUAGCUGUCCAUGAAAAGUCAUUUUGGCCAGGCAGUGUGGGGCACGCCUUUAAUUCCAGCACUCGGGAGGCAGAGGCAGGAGGAUUUCUGAGUUUGAGGCCAGCCUGAUCUACAGAGUGAGUUCCAGUGCAGCCAGGGCUACACAGAGAAACCCUGUCUCGAAAAACAAAAAAACAAAAACAAAAAACAAAAAACAAAAAAAACCGGAACGGAAAGUCAUUUUGGAACACAGGGAGUGAGGGCUCACAGUAGAAAAAUGACAGAGCAGGACUCCCCCUAACUUUUAAGCAAAUCAAUGGUUAAUAUUCCUUUGUGUAUGAGACUGGAGAUGCCCUCCCUGGUUUGCUCUUCCAGGGUUUAACUCCCAGCACCCACCUGGAGGCAGGCACACAACCACAAAUACACACAAACAAAAAAGUGUUUAAGACUGGUAUGUUAUAAAAACACAGCAGGUAGUGCAACGAGAAAGGCUAAGGCAGGACUGCCUAACGUUAGGACCAGCCUGGGCUAUGCAGAGUUCCAGGGCAGCUUGAAAUUCAAAAACCGACACAGAUCAGCAGGCGUUCCCGAGCAGGAACCAUUCCCCGGGAAGCCAAGCACUUGGCCAGCCGGGCUGAGAGUUGUACCGGACAAAAAAGCACAAUCCGUCCGCGAGCCAAGGCCAGGUACCGCGCUCCGCCAACCGUAGCCGCGGAAGCCGCGAGAGCGCUCCGGCCGGAAGAGGCGCGGAGUGGCCGGGCCAGCCCUCCGGAAACGCCCGCCCCUUUCCCCUUUUACGGGAAGUCCUCGCCUGCGUCAGCACGGCCCUAAGGCGGCGGCAGGGAACGGCCUUCCUCACUCCUGACUUCCGCCUGCCUCCGGUCUGGAGUCGCGGCCUUCCCCGCUCCUUCCCCUCAGCCUGCGGCGUCCGACCAUGUUUGGCCUGCGGAGAAACGCGGUCAUCGGCUUGAACCUGUACUGCGGCGGCGCCAGCCUCGGCGCGGGCGGCGGUUCUCCGGCAGGGGCGCGCCUGGUGGCCGAGGAGGCCAAGGCGCGGCGCGAGGGGGGAGGGGAGGCCGCCCUGCUGCCCGGCGCGCGGGUGGUCGCCCGGCCGCCGCCCGUGGGCGCCGAGGACCCCGACGUCACCGCGUCGGCCGAAAGGCGGCUGCAUAAGUCGCCCGGCCUCCUCGCCGUGCCGCCCGAGGAGAUGGCCGCGUCGGCCGCCGCCGCCAUCGUGUCUCCGGAGGAGGAACUGGACGGCUGCGAGCCGGAGGCCAUCGGCAAGCGCCCGGCCGUGCUGCCCCUCCUGGAGCGCGUGAGCGAGGCGGCCAAGAGCUCCGGGGCCGACGGCUCUCUGCCCUCCACGCCGCCGCCGCCCGAGGAGGAAGAGGACGACCUAUACCGCCAGUCGCUGGAGAUCAUCUCGCGCUACUUGCGGGAGCAGGCGACCGGCUCCAAGGACUCGAAGCCUCUGGGCGAGGCGGGCGCGGCGGGCCGGAGAGCGCUGGAGACCCUGCGGCGCGUGGGCGACGGCGUGCAGCGCAACCACGAGACGGCCUUCCAGGGCAUGCUCCGGAAACUGGACAUUAAAAACGAAGGCGAUGUUAAAUCUUUUUCUCGAGUAAUGGUCCAUGUUUUCAAAGAUGGCGUAACAAACUGGGGCAGGAUUGUGACUCUUAUUUCUUUCGGUGCCUUUGUGGCCAAACACUUAAAGAGCGUAAACCAAGAAAGCUUCAUCGAACCAUUAGCAGAAACUAUCACAGAUGUUCUUGUAAGGACGAAACGGGACUGGCUUGUCAAACAAAGAGGCUGGGCUUAGGUACUUUCCUGAGACUUCUACUUCCUGUACAAAGAAGGUGCUUUUCUCGCCUCCCCACCUGCCUGCACCAUGCAAACCCUUCUCCCAAGACACCCCCACUCAGCCCUGGGAUGGUGGUUUUGAGGGGUGCUGGUGUGAAGAGGAAUCCCCCCACCUCCACUUAGUUCUCUUCAGACCACAGACCCCUCUAACAAGGUGCUGCUCCCUGGCUGCAAGAGAAGGGCCCCUGGCUUGGUUCACUGGUGAGAGAGGAGAAAGCAGUCUGUCAACUUUAGCUUUGGUGUGGUGACACAUGCCCAGCACUUUGGAGCCAUGGGCAAGGAAGAUCACAAGCUCCGGCUUGACAGACACACUCAAGCCCUGGACAGCAGCCUAGUAUUUUGGGCUCAACCUCAGACCUGCUGAGCAGAAAGUGAAGUCUUGAUGAGUGGCCCGGGAGGGAGUGUUGAAACUCCAUCAGGUCCACCUUUGCAGCUGCGCUCCUGCUGACCAGGUGGCUAAGGGGGAUGCGGAAGUCUAGUCGCUAAAUUUAGUAGAAAGGCUGCAGCUUAAACUGAGAGGGUAUUUACCCUAGGAAGUUUAAGUAAGGGGGAGGGGACCCCUAACCACUGGGAGCUUUUAAAAAAUAAUGCAGGGCCUCGGGUUUCAUGCAUGCCAAGUAAACUCUGUCGCCCAGCCGCACUUCAACACCGCUGAACUUACAGACCAUACAGUUCGUCUGUACACUAGAACCACCUCUCUGGGCAGCAGACACUCAGAAGUGGGGACUCCUUGGCCAUGCAGUGGCCUCUGCAUGCUUGCUCUCUGCGUGCAUGUCAUUUGCUCCCAUCACUCCCCCCACCCCCAUCUCAAGUCUCAAAGGUCCAGUUCCUCUAAGUUCUUCCCUAAAUUCCCCCUAGUGCAGCAAGCCAGGGGCUGCACCGCAUCCAUCUGCCCUUUGGGUUUUAACUUCCUUACUCAGACCCUCCAAAGAGUUUCAGAGGUCAACAAAGCAGCGUCUGGCCACACCGCUCCUUCUAGGGGUCCAGAGAAAGGGGUGCUUCAAGGCAGGCCCGCCUUCCUUCCCAGAACCGUCUGCUCUGACCCCACACUGCUUGCAGAUGAACUGAGGACUGCAGGGACUUCUCUUUACAGUGAGGAGUAGAGGGCAGACACCGCCGCUCCCGCCCCCUCCCCCCCCACCCCCCAGGCUAGAGGCGAGAAGCUCUGGGGAUCAGAAAAAGAAAGGAGGUGUUGGGGGAACCCUUGAGGGCUAUGGCUGCAUUCUCCACCUGUGAUUGGCUCUCAAGCCCAGACCAAAAUCUAAACCUGCCCAGCAACAACCCUAAGAGGCCUCAAAAGGGAGGGGAAGUCAGCUGAGCUGUGGCCUCCACCCCAGCCCUGUUUCCAGGAACUGAUGGGCGGGCUGGGAGGGCAGCCACCCCUCCCUUGCUCGGGGACUCUGUGUUCACUGCCUGCAUCUGGAAGCUGACUCCUGGGCCCCAUUUCUCUGGUCCCUACAUCUUUGCCUGUCCUUCCAGGGUCACCUAAGAAGGAAGCACACCUGACCCUCUUCAGAGGCAGGGCAUUCUUGUAGCCUCCUUGUGGAACCCCUGUCCUGGGCCAAAGUCAGGUUUUUUUCAUGGUGUAUUUGGGGAAAGGGUCUCACAAGUAUAGCCCAGGCUAGCCUUGUGAUCUUCCUGCCUCAGCCUCCCACGUGCUGGGAUCACCCAUGGCUUUAUUUUUUAAUUAAAAAAAAAAAAAAGAAAUAAAAAGGAACAGAUAUGACUGCUCCUAGGUAUGACGAAGGAGAAAGUUUACAGUAGAUCAGAAGAACAAAGCCAGAGGCAGCCACAUCUGGGAGAGUUCAGAGUGAUCCUGACCUUGUGAGGAGAGGGGGGAGGGGAAGGGAGCAGAAACCAGGUGCAGCUACCAGGAGGCCAAAGGUACAAAAGGGGCAGGUAGCCAGGACGGUUGCUUAUAAAGGGAGGGGCAGUCCAGUCCCGUGGGCUGGGAGACAGGGUGUGCCAGUCAUACCCUUGUAACAGCGACUGAGGGAUGCUGGGAGAACCUGUUGACUGUCAGGUCCACUUUGAUAUAUUAAGCAGGCGCCUCAGCCGUUUGUCCGGGGUUAAUUUUCCUUCCCCUCCUUUGUCACCCACUCAGUCCCCUUACACUGUGCUUGCUGUCAUCUUCCUGCUCAGCCACAUCCAGCGGGAGGACAGCCUAAGUCCCAAGGCAGGGAGCUUUGUACCCUUCUAAUGUAGCAAAGGGUUUGCUACAGUGGAACAACUUUAUUCUUAGGGGAACUUGGUAUCCAAGGAGUGUAGCUGUGUUCAGAAAAUAGUAGUAAAACUGUCUGCAGGCUUUUACUAAUGGCCAUACUCAGCCUGUCUGAAGAGGCACAGACAGAACAAGGCUGCCUCCAGCGGGGCAUCGGCAGCAAGAAAGUCAGGCCUCAGAACCAACUGUAGGGGCCAGGGAAGAGGACCCUGGAGAAGGCUGUCCACUCCACCUUUAACAAGUUAUUUACUUUGAAAGAAACACACAGGGAGAGGGAAGUGGUGGGGGAGGGAGGAGGCCUGGUGAGACAUCUCUGUGGAAUGUGUCUCUGGCAGGACAUCUGGUCCUGCCUUGGCCCCUCCUCCCUCCUCCUGCAGUCACAGAGUCAUGCGGGCCAAGCUCCUAUGAUUUUGCUGAGCAAAGAGAGGGGGCAAAGUUACCACCCCAUGCACCCAUGGAAAGCAGUAAGCAGGCAUCUAGCAGGGAAGUGGGUAAAAGAGGAGGAGACAGGGCCAGAGCGAGAGAACCUGAAAAGCAACAUGCAUGCCCCACGCUCGUGCGCACACAAGCCAGCUUAGCCCUGCAUUGAAAAGUUCUGCUGGAUUCCUAGAGACAACAGGAAGAGCCUACCCAAAAGCCCACCACAGGCUCUCUGCUGGGAUCCAAGCACCCAUUACUGCUCCUAAACUGGGAAAAGUAGCGGCCUCUAGUGGCCAGUAAGCCAUCUGCAGAUCUGUAGUGGGACAGAAUCUUAGGCCCUUGAUCCAGACUGCCCCAGGUUUGAAGCUCACUCCACAGCCCAUGAGGACCACAUCUUCCUCCCAUCCCUAAAUGCCGCUCCUCUUCCCACACCACAUCUGGCCUCACAUUGCUCGGAUGGUGGGGUCCCCAUGAACAUAACGAAGAGCAUGUUUAUGUCAAAACCAACUUUAAUAAAAAAUAAAUUACUUCUGG